AUGGAGAGAGGAAUCCUGGGUGUGGUCAGAGAAUGCGACAACUUUUCGUGCGACGAGCCCACAACCCGUUCAGAAGAUCCGGAAAAGCCCUAUGCAUUUAGAGUGAACGGAUGCGAUUCUGUAUUGGGAUAUAUGACACGAGAUAUUGUUCGAAAAAUCCAGUGGUCCCAUACGUGGUCAAUCGACCACCACCAACAAACUGUAACUUUGGCUACACCAGCAACGGCAACAGCCGAUAUGCGCUCUCGAGCGCUUGACGAUACUCUCAAGGCCACAAAAAAGCUAGGUACCAUAUCAUUGCUAAAUAGCUGGCGCAAUGAAACUUUCCCGGUUUAUGGUCCAAGGGGCGAAGCCCUGCUCGAAAUAGAGCGUUGCGCAAGUGCCUUGUUUGGGAUUGUGACAUAUGGUAUACAGCUUAUCUGCUAUGUGAGGGAUGAACGAGGCCUCCAGCUAUGGAUUGGUAAGAGAUCAGAAGAAAAAAAAACCUAUCCAGGCAUGCUCGAUAGCACUGCAGCCGGUGGUCUCGGUGCUGGGAAGCUUCCAAUUGAAGCUCUUAUUUCCGAAGCAGAAGAAGAGGCAUCCAUACCAGAAGAAAUAAUUAGGAUGAAGGUUAAACCAAUGACGCCGCUCACAUAUUUCCACAUCCGUGGGAACAAAGCUGGUGGGGAGAGCGGCCUGUUCCAACCGGAGGUUGAGUAUACCUAUGAGCUGGAACUGGAUCCAAGCAUGAUUCCCGAACCAGGGGAUCCCGAAGUGGAAUGCUUCAGACUGUACACGAUUGAGGAAGUACUUCAGGCUUUGAAACAGCGACUCUUUAAGCCAAAUAGUGCAAUUGUUGUGGUUCAGUUACUCAUUCAACUCGGAAUACUGACCCAGGAGAAUGAGCCGAGCUAUUUUGAAAUCUUGUCGCACUUGUAUUGCAAGCUUGAAUUUCCUAUCUUGAUGCAACAGUCCUGUUAA